CCUUUCAAAACCAAGUUCUUCCAAUCCCAUGGCUUUUUACAAAUGUCUUUUUUUCGUAUCUCUCAUAUUUAGCUCAGUUUUCGUCACCAUGUCACAACAAGCUUGCACACCCCAAGCCUUCAAACAAAAGACGUUUGCUGCAUGCCAUAAUCUACCGAUUUUGAACUCCACGAUACACUGGAAUUAUUACCCCUCCAAAGGCACCGUGGACGUGGCGUUCGUACAAGCCGUGGUGAGCGACUCCAGAUGGGUUGCAUGGGCCAUAAACCCUACCUCCACUGGCAUGGUGGGCUCCCAAGCCAUCGUGGCUUUCCAGAGAACAGACGGAGCUAUCUCUGUUUACUCGUCCCCGAUCAAGAGCUAUGGAACUCGUUUGGAGCAAGGAAAUCUCAGCUUCCCUUUGUUUGAUGUCUCUGCCGUGUACAAGAACAACCAGAUCGUCAUCUUCGCCACCGUAGGCCUUCCCAACAACGUCAGCAUCGUCAACCAUGUUUGGCAGCAAGGACCUUUGUCCGGAAACACACCGCAGAUGCACUCCGUGUCCGGACCAAACGUUGAGUCCUUCGGAGCUCUGGAUUUUCUUUCCGGGAAAGUGGAAACAGUCAGGAGGGGAACGAGUUCUGUAUUCAGAGUGAAGAUUUCUCAUGGAAUUAUUAAUACCAUCAGUUGGGGCAUUCUGAUGCCCGUUGGGGCUAUUGUGGCGAGGCAUUUCAAGGCUGCUGAUCCAGCAUGGUUUCAUGUUCAUAGGGCGUGUCAGAUGCUGGGAUAUUUUGGUGGAGUUGCUGGGUUUGCAACAGGGCUUUGGCUCGGCCAUAAAUCUUCAGGGGUUGAAUAUAAAGGACACCGAUGCAUGGGCAUCACUCUCAUUUCUCUUGCUGCACUUCAGGUGUUGGUUGCUUUGAGUUUGAGGCCCAACAAGACAGACAAGAAGAGAGUUUUUUGGAACUGGUUUCACUACUUGGUCGGUUACGGAACAAUCAUUCUCGGCAUUGUCAACAUCCUAAAAGGAUUUGAUAUGCUUCAGCCAGGAAAAUGGUGGAAAAUUUCAUAUCUUAUCACCAUUGGUGUUUUGGGUUGUGUUGCUGCUGUGCUAGAAGCCCGCGCAUGGUUUCUAGUUUUGAUCAGGAAGACCAAUCACGCUGCAGAACAAAAUAACGAUGACACGAGUGUAGUUUAA